AUGCAGCAAUACAUGCCAGAAAUCUGCUGGCAUGACCGGAAGGGUAUUCUUUCUGUGGAUUUUCAUCCGUUAGUGAAGGAUGGGCGGUAUCGGAUUGCUACCUCAUCGAUGCAGAAAGAAGUUCGAAUCUGGGAAUUCGGCUAUGUGAUGCCCAGGAAUGAGCACGUUGUGGCCUUUCUAGCAAACAUGGCCUGUCAUAACACUUCGAUCAACGUUGUUCGCUUUGCGCCCGUGGCAACUGAAAAUUUACUUGCUUCUGGUGAUUCGGAGGGCCGCAUUGUGAUUUGGAGUCUUUCGGACCAGCCACCGGCGCCGACACCAGACGAUGACAUGCCUGUGAAUAAGGAAAAUUGGGUGAGACAACGUGUCCUAAACCACGAGGAAGACGUCUCGGCUCUCGUCUGGAGCCCUGACGGUAAAAUGCUGGCUAGCGUCGGCCAUGAUUGUAACUUGUUGGUUCACGAAGUGAGCACCGGGAAGCGCACAAUCUGCCUGCGGAACCUGCGCAACUUUCCCAAUGGAAUCACCUGGGACCCAAGAGGGAAAUAUCUGAUUACCCUGUCUAAAGAUCGCAAGAUGGAUAUCCUUGAUUGCGUAAAGGGAACUAAGUUGAAAUCAAUUGCCAUGGCCGAGCUUCCGGCACGGAGUAUUGGUGGAUUGCACGCCGAAGCCAAACCAUAUCGCCUAUGGCACGACGACCAACUCGCCAGUUUCCAGCGAGGGCUACAAUUUUCUCCGUGUGGCGAGCUGAUCGUGUGUCCAGCCGCGCAACUCGAAGUCGGCACACAAGACGUUUUCGGCGUGUGGAUUUUUAAGAGGACCGAAAUCGAUAAAGAAAAGCCGUUCGCGUUGUUGCCGACCGAAAAGGCGACGUUUGUUGUACGGAUGUGCCCCGUGAUAUUUAAACUGGUGGACGGGGAAAAGCAGAAUUAUUCAGGUUUACCCUACCGCAUCAUCUGGGUGGCACUCACGGUCUCGCAAAUAUAUUUCUUCGACUCGCAACAUAUGCAAGCGAUUGGCUACAUCGACAACAUUCACUACAACAGUCUUACCGACGCGUCCUGGAGUUCCGACGGGCAACAGCUGGUCGUUUCUUCGCUCGAAGGGUACAACAGCUUCUUCCGGCUGACAAUGUCAGAAUGGGGCGAAGUGUUGGCCGAUGAGCAGCGCCCACCACCCCCACCUUCCCCACAGUUGAUCAAGGUCCGGAAGCGCAAAGUGAAGACGAAAGAAGAGGCGGGAGGCGACGAAGAGCGAUCCAGCGAGACGGACAACGCCCUGUCGCACGCGAUGACACAAGGGACACCGAAACAUGAAACGCCGAAAACCCCAAAGACCCCGAAAGCCAAACGUCCCGCCAUUGCCUCCACGCCAACCAGCACGCCGAAGUUAACAAAGUUCUUUCCGCGUCCGCAGGAGAAAACGGCCGAGAACAAUGAGGCCGGCGCUGCCCAGCCGGAACCCCAAGUAAUAACCAUCGGAGACGAACAAACCGAGAAUUCGGCGUCCACCGCGGCAAAGGACGAUGACUCAUCUGUGCAAUUCAUCGAAGUACGCCGGCAACGCCGUGUUGAACUAACGACCAUUGAACCC